AUGGAUGACGAUGGACUUCUCCCCAUCCACCAUGCUGCCAGGUCUGGUAUGGUGGAGGUGCUGAAAGUCUUUGCCGAGGACAAGGACAUGACCCUGAGCGCUGUGGACAAGAAUGGAUGCACCGCUGCACACCAUGCCGCAGCGUCUGGCCACAUUGAGGUGCUAAAACUGCUGAAGGCAAAGAAAGAGGACUUGAAUGCCCUCGACAAGGAAGGCAACACACCGGUGCACUACGCAGCCCAGGGUGGCCAUGUGGAGGCUCUGAGUCUGCUGGCACUGCAGGAAGGGGAGGCCCAGAAGCUGGGUGCUCAGAACAAGAGCAAGCAAACCCCGGCCCAUUGGGCCGCAAAAGCGGGCCGCAUCAGCGUGCUGAAGCUUCUGCAGAAGGUCGGAGUGCCGCUCUCCAGCGCCGACGUGGAAAAGCAAACGCCGGCCUUGCUUGCAGCGACUUUCGGUCACGUGGAAGCCUUGCAGCUCCUUCUCAAGGCAUCCGACAGUACGGGCCGCACGGUGGCCUUCGUGGCAGCAAAGACUGGAUUACUCGACGCCUUGAAAGUGUUACACGAGGCCCGGGCGGAGCUCGAUGCACCCAACAGAGAUGGCCACACACCUGCCUACGAGGCCGCUAGGUUUGGCCACACAGACGUUUUCAAGUUUCUGCUGCACGCUGGCGCCGACUCGUACGCGAAGACGCACGCAGGGGGGACUCUGGCCCAUGCAGCCGCGCGUGGAGGGAAUGUGGAGGUCCUGGAGUUGGUCCUGAAGGCAAAGCCUAAGGUUGACCUGGACGCCGCAGACAAGAGGGGCUGGACGGCAGUGUCCCUCUUCGCGCACAAGAACUGCAAAGAAGCGCUGCGCCUUCUUUGCGAGGCUCGGGCGAACCUGACCAGUGCGAUUCUGCAGGAGGCCAAGAUUGAGCCCAAAUACAAGGACAGAAGAGCUGCCUCCUUCUCUGCGGACUCCGGCUACGAAACCGUGUUGCGCUUUCUGUUGGAGGCCCGGGCGAACCUGACCACGCCCAUUGAGACUGCGAAGAGCGGCCGUUCACCAAUACAUUUUGCUGCCCAAGCUGGCCAUGUGAAGGCAAUGCGUGUUUUGCUGGAGGCCGGGGUGGAUCUGGAAGCCACAGACAGGGAUGGCUGGACGGCUGCCUCCAUAUCUGCACGCAAAGGCUACGAAACUGUGCUGCACCUUCUGUUCGAGGCUCGGGCAAACCUGACGACUGCUGCUGAGACCUCGAAGGAUCAUCGUGCUCCGAUACAUUAUGCAGCCCAAGGAGGCCAUGUGAAGGCACUACGUGUUCUUUUGCAGGCAAGAGCGGACCCGAAGGCCGCAGACAUCCAUGACGAGACCCCGAUCACGCUUGCCCAGCAAGGCCGACACGAUCAGGCCCUCUACCUGCUGGGAAGCGUGGGGCACCACAGCUCCAGAACAUUUGGCUUCGAAAGUACCUUCGGACGCUUUGCGCCGAGUGAAGACUGGCCUCACUGGCGGGGCUGGCCCUUUUUGUGGACCUCGCCCGAAGCCUCCCCCACCGCACGGGCUGAGGUUCAAUCAGAUGCUGGUGAGGAAGACUUGGUGCACUCUCGCUGA